GAAUUUUGAAACUACUUGAACGUGGUUGGGUUUGUAUCGGGCAAUUGAUUUUGAACACCAUUGACUCGACAGGCGGGUUACCAGUGUACCCCAUCCGGCUUUAUGGGAAAUGAUAACUCGACGGUGUGGUUGUAGUAGUAGGAAAAUACAGAAUCAACAAGUCUAGAAAUUCGCUGGUACAAAAAUAAAGUAGGUUUGAUCAUAUUCAUAGCUAGAAAUCGGAAGAAGUCGCUACUAUCCUGCGCGAAAGCGAAUCGAGGCGAGGCAUAGCUGUUGUGCAACAAGGUGUGACGAAGAUAAGACAGAUGAAUACAAUUGCAGCUGCGUGCUUAUUGUAAAUACAAACUGACAAUAAUAUCGAUUUUUUUUAAGAGCGUAGCUUAUGAAAAGUACCUGUUUUCCGAUAUAAUAAUUCUUUUCAUCAUCUCGACUUGCUCGGGCAGCAGUACUAUCGAACAAUCCGGUGAAGGUCCUUAUGCACGAGGAAAGUAGUACUAUGGGAGUUUCUUCAGGUGGGAAAUCGACACAGGGGUUGAAAAAGUCUGCGAUGCAUAACCUCGGCACCAGGCGGAUCCGCAAUACUUAUCUGAGCGGCGCAUGACAAAUUUCGGCAGUUUUAAAAUUCAACUUUUCAACAUGCUGUUUGGGCAAUAAAGAGGACUGAUUUCGUCUUGGUACUUUGGCAGCGCUACUUAUCGCCCACGACCGCACACAGCUUCAGGAUCGCCCUCUUUUGCCUGCUCUGCGAGACCUCGCAUUUUAUGCAUUGUAAAUGAUUUCAAUUUUAGUUCUGUCGAUUUCGAGUUUGGGGAUUCCAUAACAAGCUCGGGCUGCUGCAGUGUGAAAAGCCAUGGGUGGGAUCUUCACCAUAGAAGAAGCAGCACAAGAUGAGUGAUUUUAUGAAAGUCAUCGCAUAUGCGGGGAAUUUUGAUUUCUUCAAAGUGGAAGCAACAGGGUGCAUUUAUUUUGACAAAUCGCGUGCAAGCAAGAGAAUAAUUUUUGCUCUGCCUUGUCAUGGCUUCGGGAGAUGAUCUAUGCAAUGUAUCUACUUCGCUAUCGGCUUCCAUCUUGAAGAUCUAAAAACUCUCGCAUUUGAGGCUGGCAUAUUCGUAAAGCUAUCGAAAAUGAGGAAUGCUUGUACCGAUUGUGAAACAUGAAUGGUAUCAAAGAUGAAAGUUCGUGUCCGUCAUUAUGAUCGUGGUCUUUGCAAUUUUGAAAAAACUGUGCCUGUGAAGAUUGAUGCAUGCCAAUGCAAGACACAGUCGAGCAUCUUCACUUCAUCCGUUGUUUUUCUGCAUCACAAGACAAGUAGAGGACAACAAUUACAAUUUAGUCAUCUGACGCAAAUAAAAGUAGUGACAGUGACAAACUUUCUUCGCUCCAUACAGGAUCACAGCAGCACGUAGCUAUCAGCACGCACCGCCGCGGGAAGUAUGUUUAUGGAGUCCGAUUGAAGAUUAUGGCUAUUGACUUACUGCUAUCCUGUGGAAAAGGGUACUAGUACUACUCACUCGUUCAUGUUCAUUGUCAUCUGACAGGACUGUCAUGUUUUUCCCAGGUCUGGAAUAAAUUUGUUAGCUAGCGGCCUUUAUUCCAUAUAAAAAGCCGCACUUGAUGUCAUGCGUUAGUCCAAAAAAAUGAAAGAGCUGAAUUUGUCAAGUAUAUUUGCCAUCUUGUUGACUCUGCUGGACCAUGGGUGAGUACCUGUUUUUACGCAGGAUAACAGCUAUAGUUGAAUUGCGAACGCGAAGUAUGCUCCACCGCCGCCGUGUCAAUUAUUCCGCCCACGAGAUAAAAAAUGGAACGCAAAAUGUUUGCCCGAUUUUCUUACGGAUUAUUUCUGAUAGUUAGGGUAUUGCCGUAUUUUUUUUUCAACAGAAUUUCUAAAUCGACUGUACUACUUCUCAAACCAGCGCACGACAAUAUUUUGUACUGAACAAAAGAUAAAAACGGUAAAAAAAAAGCAAGCAAAAAUAUUGUAGGAAAAAUAGCAAGAAACUCCCCCUCGUCCCCACACUCGAACGGGGACUUGUGACGGCGCACGAAGAGGAGCAAGUUGAUAUGAAAUAUUGCAUAAGGGACAGCCCCUAGCCCAGGCUUUCUUACGCAUUUAUAAUUUGGAGGCUAUUUCAGGUGCCAGCACUGUUCCAUCUUGGAAUAUUAUUAUAGCAGAGGGAACUGGUCGUGUCAUCCCGAAAAGCGGGAAAAAUUUUAUUCGC